UGCAUGCUAUGCCGUGUUUAAAUUUAUUGGUGUAAUAUUCGUGAAAGAAACAUUUAUUGUUAAUUAUAAUUAGAUAAUCAAGCCAAGUAUAUAGUGCAAAUCGUAUUAAAUUGAAAUGACUCCUCCAAUGGAAAGAAUUCAAACCUUGGAAAAUAUUGAAAAAGAAAUAACCGGUUGUUUACAAAGUGCAGGUCAAGUUUUUCUGGAAUUGAGCAAAGAGAAGUCAAGCUUGAAACAAGCAGAAGGACAAACGCACCAAUUUUUGAAGACUUUGGGACAUGUGGAAUCGAAAUUGAGUGAACAAAUUAAUUACUUGACACAAGUAUCCACUGGUCAACCACACGAAGGAUCAGGAUAUGCAAGUCAGAAAGUUUUACAGAUGGCUUGGCACAGACUGGAACAUGCUCGUAGUAGGGUAAAUGAAUUGGAACGAAUAAAAAAUAAGCAUCUUCAUGGAAGAACGUCAUUAAGACCAACGCAACAACAGAUGUCUGGAAGUUCCCUGCAGUCAGCACAAACCAAUACCACGUCAUAGCAUUGAAUAUUCGUUGUAUACCUUUUAUAUGUUAUCACUGUAUAGUAUUGAAUAACAGCAGGGAUGAAAUGAUUAUGAUACAUCAAUUUCUAGUUUCAAUAAGACAUAUUUCAAUAUUAUCUACACGUUUUAGUUUUUUACUUAUGGGGCGAUAUAUUCAAAACUUCAUCAAUAAAACACCAAAUGAAAAAAAUUUACUUUUACAGGAUUGGACAAUGUAGCGUUGAUUCGUCUUUUGUGCGUAUCUUAUGGGUUAUGUAAAUACAUUAUAGUAGAAAAUGUAUUCAAUGUCACACAAAAGAUAAAAAAAAUAGUUUUCAUUAUUAAUUUUAUGAAGGAUGCAAAUUAAAAGACAUUGUGACGCGUU